GCAUUAUGGAAUUUAUUAUAUGGGUAAAUAUGAUAAUUCAAAGACUUGAGGGGUUAAGUUGCAACACACUUUUAUUCCUUCCCAAGAAAGCAAACUGGCUGUCCAGAUUUUGCUCCUCGCUCUUAUAGGGCUCGUUUACUUCUCAUAUCCAUCAAACUCUUGCCGGGAUCCAUUCUUAUUGUUUCUUUUGUGGGAUCGCUGACGUAAUCGUAAAAAUGGACUCGAGUCUGCUCAAUGGUCUGGACUCGCCUCACUCAAUGGGAACCACCAUUAUCGGCGUUACAUACAACGGUGGCGUCGUCCUGGGUGCCGAUUCCCGUACCAGCACAGGAAUGUAUGUGGCGAAUAGGGCAUCCGACAAGAUCACCAAGUUAACUGACAACGUCUAUGUUUGUCGCUCUGGUUCGGCUGCAGAUUCACAAAUUGUUUCAGACUAUGUUCGCUACUUUCUCCAUCAACACACGAUACAACUUGAACAGCCUGCAACUGUCAAAGUUGCUGCAAACCUUGUUAGAUUACUAGCCUACAAUAACAAGAAUAUGCUACAAACUGGGCUUAUUGUUGGUGGGUGGGACAAACAUGAAGGUGGAAAAAUAUAUGGGAUACCUCUUGGAGGCACAGUAUUGGACCUGCCAUUUACCAUUGGAGGAUCUGGCUCUUCCUAUUUGUAUGGCUUCUUUGAUCAAGCUUGGAGAGAAGGAAUGACUAGGGAAGAGGCUGAGAAGUUGGUCGUCAAAGCUGUGUCUCUUGCCAUUGCCCGGGAUGGUGCUAGUGGUGGUGUUGUUCGGACUGUGACUAUAAAUGCAGAAGGUGUUGAAAGGAAAUUUUACCCGGGUGACACACUUCCACUAUGGCACGAAGAAUUUGAGGCACAUAAUUCACUGUUGGAUAUUUUGCCCGCAGCCAGUCCCGAGCCAAUGGUUAGUUGAAUCAGGGGUAGGCUCCAUGUAAUAGACGCUUUGAAUAUGAAUGAGUAGCACUUGAACACUUGAACUGCUGGUCUUUUGUAAUCGCCCUUUCCUGCGUGAUAUAAUGUUCAUUACAGUUAUUCUAAUUUUAGUAGAAUGCAACACUUGUGUUUUUUUUAUAAAUGAAGUUUGCUA